AUGUCUACAGCUCAGAAUCUGUCCUUUGUCCUUGAGGGAAUUCACAAGGUCAAGUUUGAGGAUCGUCCCGUCCCAGCACUGAAGGAUUCCCAUGAUGUUCUAGUGAACGUCAAGUAUACCGGUAUCUGUGGUAGCGAUGUGCACUACUAUGAACAUGGUGCGAUUGGACAGUUUGUAGUCAAAGACCCCAUGGUGCUCGGACAUGAGUCCUCCGGAGUCAUCGCCCAGGUCGGAUCCGCCGUCACCAGCCUGAAAGUCGGCGAUCAUGUCGCCAUGGAACCCGGGGUCCCUUGUCGUCGAUGUGAGCCUUGCAAGGGAGGCAAAUACAACCUCUGCGAGAAGAUGGCCUUUGCCGCCACCCCGCCCUAUGACGGCACGCUGGCCAAGUACUACGUCCUCCCCGAGGACUUUUGCUACAAGCUCCCCGACUCCAUGUCCCUGCCCGAGGGCGCUUUGAUGGAGCCUCUCGGGGUCGCCGUGCACAUUGUGAGGCAAGCCAACGUGUCUCCCGGUCAAUCCGUUGUCGUCUUCGGGGCUGGCCCCGUCGGACUCCUGUGCUGCGCCGUGGCGAAAGCGUUCGGCGCUACCAAGAUCGUCGCCGUGGAUAUCCAGAAGCCCAGGCUGGAAUUUGCCCGGAAGUAUGCCGCGACCGCCGUCUUCGAACCCGCCAGGGUGUCCUCCGCCGAGAAUGCGGCCCGGAUCAUCGAGGAGAACCAUCUUGGCCGCGGAGCCGACGUUGCCAUUGACGCCUCCGGUGUGGAGCCCUCAGUCCAUACAGGCAUCCACGUCCUCCGCACCGGAGGUACCUACGUGCAGGGAGGCAUGGGCAAGAGCGAGAUGAACUUCCCCAUCAUGGCCGCCUGCACCAAGGAACUGAACAUGAAGGGCAGUUUCCGCUACGGAAGCGGCGACUAUAAGCUCGCCGUGGAGCUGGUGGCCUCGGGCCGACUCAGCGUGAAGGAACUGAUUACCAGCUCCGUCAAAUUCGACGAGGCCGAAAAUGCAUUCAAGGACGUCCGGGCCGGAAAGGGUAUCAAGACCCUGAUUGAAGGCGUGGACUCAUGAAUGUCCUUUUUUAACUUAUUUUAACUAUGAUAUGAAACCCGAUGAAGAAUGAACCCAAUAAUAAUGAUGAAGA